AUGGCCUCGGAGCUGGACGUGCGCGCCCGGCUGCAGCGCGCCGGCCAGGAGCACCUCCUGCGCUUCUGCGCCGAGCUGGCGCCGGGCCCGCGUGCCGCGCUGCUGGCCCAAUUGGAGCUCCUGGAGCCCGAGGCGCUGCGCGAGCACUGCCGGCGCGCGGCCGCCGCCUGCGCGCGCCCUCCGGCCCCCGCGCCUGACCUGGCCGCGCGCCUGCGGCCCCUGCCUCCCGAGCGCGUAGGCUGCGCGAGCGGGGUCGCCCCCCAGACGCGGCGGCUCUGGGAGGAGGAAGGUUUCCACCAGAUCGCCCUGAACAAGGUGGCUGUGCUGCUGCUGGCUGGUGGGCAGGGCACUCGCCUGGGCGUGACCUACCCCAAGGGCAUGUAUCAGGUGGGGCUGCCCAGCCAGAAGACCCUGUAUCAGCUGCAGGCAGAACGGAUUCGGCGGGUGGAGCAGCUGGCUGGCGAGCGCUAUGGGACCCGCUGCACCGUGCCCUGGUACAUCAUGACCAGUGAGUUCACUCUGGGGCCCACAGCCAAGUUCUUCAAGGAGCAUGACUUCUUCCACUUGGACCCCAACAACGUGGUCAUGUUUGAACAGCGCAUGCUGCCUGCUGUGACCUUCGAUGGCAGGGCCAUCCUGGAGCAGAAAGACAAGGUUGCCAUGGCGCCAGAUGGCAACGGGGGCCUGUACUGCGCGCUGGCGGACCACCAGGUCUUAGAGGACAUGGAGCGGCGCGGAGUAGAGUUUGUGCACGUGUACUGUGUGGACAACAUCCUGGUGCGACUGGCCGACCCGGUCUUCAUCGGCUUCUGCGUGCUGCGGGGUGCCGACUGUGGAGCCAAGGUGGUGGAAAAGGCGUCCCCCGAGGAGCCGGUGGGUGUGGUGUGCCAGGUAGACGGCGUCCCGCAGGUGGUGGAGUACAGCGAGAUCAGCCCCGAGACGGCCCGGCUGCGUGCGCCCGGAGGGGGCCUGCUCUACAACGCGGGCAACAUCUGCAACCACUUCUUCACGCGAGACUUCCUCCAGAUGGCCACCAGGGAGUUCGAGCCCUUGCUGAAGCCACACGUGGCUGUGAAGAAGGUCCCCUACGUGGAUGAGCAAGGGAAUCCAGUGAAGCCACUCGAGCCCAACGGGAUAAAGAUGGAGAAGUUCGUGUUUGAUGUGCUCCCGUUUGCCAAGAACUUCGUGGCCUUCCAAGUGCUGCGAGGGGAGGAGUUCUCCCCUCUGAAGAACGCUGACUCGGCUGAGAGAGACAACCCCUCCACGGCGCGGCGGGCCCUGCUCGCUCAGCACCACCGGUGGGCCCUGCAGGCGGGAGCCCACUUCCUGGACGCACACGGGGCCCGGCUCCCCGAGCAGCCCAGCCCACCCGGCAGCGGAGAGCCUCCGGUCAUCUGCGAGAUCUCGCCCUUGGUGUCAUACUCCGGAGAGGGACUGGAGGUGUACCUGCGAGGCCGGGAGUUCGGGUCCCCACUCAUCCUGGACGUGGACACGGCCAGGACACUGCAGGCCUGACUCCCUCCUAGACCUGCCGGCCCCGGGGUCCCCAAGGCUGAGGAAGCAGCCCC